AGAAAAAGAGGAAAACAAAUGAAAUACUGCAGCUCAGCUAAGGACCGGACCAAUGCUCUUCCCGCUGUCUUAAUGUUGUCCUCACUCACUCAGCGGUGAGCAAGAGUCUGUUCAGAAUGGAUUUCCUUUUGGUGGAGCAGCCGGUGAACAGGAGAAGCAGCUUUGUAGAUUACUAUCCCUCCUUUUGGAUUAUUUCAGACGCCGCUGCUGUUGUGAUGAAUGGGAAUGACAGCAUGCAGAUAGGAAGAUGAACUCUGAUUCUCUGGAAAGCUCGAUCCAGAACCUUCUGUCGGUGCUGUACCCACCCUUUGAGGCCACCGCUCCCACUCUCCUCAGCCAGCUCUUCCAAGUCAUAGAUAGCCGUUAUCGGGGGGAUGCCCUGCGGUGCCUGCUGGACUUUCUGGUGCCAGUCAAGCACAUUUUAGACAGUGUGCAACAGGCUGCAUGUGCUCAGUACUCUGAUGUUCUAUUCCUGUGUGAGGGCUGGCCUCUUUGUUUGCGUGACCAAGUUGUCGUCCACCUUGCUCCCAUCAACCCGCUGAUACUUCAGCCCGGUGACUUUUAUCUCCAGGUGGCCCCUUUCUGUGACCAAUCAGCUCGCAUCGUAGUCUGCAGCCUCCUGGAAGAGGAGGGUCUUGAAGUGGAAGUAGUAGAGGAGAAUCCAAUCCCUGAGACUUCCUAUCCUUGUAUAUUCAGCUGUGACUGGUUAGAAGAGAUCAACCAGGGCCGCCAUGGAACGCCUCUCAGUCGAUGCUUGCUUGCCACUGAGCAGGGCGUGGUGAGGUUACCAUGGGAACGGAUUGCUGUGCCUGAUUUUGUGGACGUGGCGCUGUGUGCUGGGAGUAGUAUGGCCUCUGCUCCUCCUUCAUAUCCUCCUUUACCUCCGAUUCCUCCACCUCUUCCUCAUUUUCCUAAGAGCUCUUCUUCAAAUUAUUUAUUCCUCUUCCUCCUUCAAAAGAAUCAGCACCAAAAAACUAUCCUGUUACCAUUCUUAAUUCUAAUUUAUCAUCUUCUUCUCAUCCAUCUGCCUACUCUGUGGAGACCAGAAUAUGUCCAGCGAGGCACGGCAUUGCUGUGUCACUCUGCCUGGUGGAUACUAAAGCUGCGUCUUCCUCACAGCUGGUCAAAGUUAAAGAAUCUGAAGCUGAGCCUAAGCCUGUUGGCUGGGUGUCCCCUAAUACAUGGGACAGCUGCUCUACUGGGCCAGAUCCAAAAACAAGCACUGUUCCAGGUGCCGGCACUUCUGCAAGGGCAGAUACAACUACGUGCAAAGGUGAAGAAAAGGCUGUAA